AUGGUACCAAAAGAUGAAUGUGUACGACGACGAGCUGAUCAAGUCAUACUAGACAUUACUUAUAAACUAUGUAAUAUUGCUGAUCCACAUAAAGAUGAUGAUCUCAUAUACGAUAAAGAUAAUAUCCAUCCUUCAACAGCAUUGAUUCAAUUACUUUUUAUUCAAUUACCCUAUGGCACUGAUAAUGACAAGUGUCUGUUUCAUCAUCUAUCAUAUGAAACAAAGAAACAUAUGCAUGAAAUCAUACUCGAGCAUAUCAAACAAUCAAAGGAGUUUGUUCACCAUGAAAUGGAAUUAAUUCAAUUAAUGAUAUCAAACCAAUAUGGUAUUAUUAGAUUGCAUAACUAUGAUGCACACAUUAGAGACAAAUAUUUGGAUGUCAUAUAUGAUACUUUGGAUACUAUAUUUCGUGUCUAUAAGGACCCCAAUAUAUCCAAAAGUAGUAUUAAAACUAUAUUCUUGGAUGCUCACAAUGAUGGUUAUUUCGUACCACAACUUAUUGAAUAUAUGAAUGUGUUUGAUACAGAAGAUUUUAACGACAUCAAAGUCAUAUCAGAAACAUUAAAAGAGGAUAAUGAACUUGUUCAACGCGAAUUAUUGAAAUUUAUUAAACAGUUCUGCAAUAUGCCUUACUAUCUUGAUAUGUUUGUCGAUAGUAUAGAGUUUCGAGAUAUCAUCAAAGAAACUUUUAAUCACAUCAUCAAUCAAGCUUCACCAUAUUCUCAUUUAUUAUCCUCUCUUGUCAAGGUCUGUGAUCAAGAUCGUCGUAAUAGGAAUCAAUUUGCAUCCCUAAUUUUGGAAAGAAUAUUUCCUACAGAACCUCUUUGGCAAGAAUGUAUUGUCAACCUCGUUUUAAAGUCGAUUCAAUCAAAUCAUAGGAAGGUCUUAGUUUCUGCUAUAUCCUUGGUACGCUCGUUCUCAGACUAUCACAUUCCUCAAUUUCCAAGCUUAAAAGCAUUAUCAAAAGCAACCAUUGCAUUAUUGGAUCGUUUUCAAAAUGACGAUGACAUUUUAUAUAGAGCCUCUGAAUUGUUUCAUCUUACUAUCGUUCAACUUGGAUUCAAAGAGAUCAAUCAAUUUAUUCAACGAAUAUUAUUUUCAAAACAAUAUAAACACCAUCAAAUCGAUAACUUUGUGGGAAGAUAUCUUGUUAAAUGGAUCGCCAGAUCUGAAAUGAACUUGUCAAUCUAUUUACCAAGAGCUAUGAAAAUAAUAAUAAUUGGUCAACCAAUCAAUAGUUGGGUAUCCACUCUUUCAUACUUGUUUAAACGCCCACAUAAAGCAACAACAAAUCAAUACAUUCAACAUUUAAUCACACCCUUGAUCCAACUACACUCCAGCCAAUCACCAUAUACCCACACAACAGAAAAAGCAAAGGCCUCAAAAUUAUUGAGCCUCCUAUACACAAGAACAGUGGAAUACAAAGGAAUACACCACCAAGAAUCUACUCUACUAUUUCAACAAAUACUCGAUUCAUUGGCUGAGGCAAUGCCCUAUGAUCUAUCUCAAGCAAAUCCAGAUGUACUAGAGCUUCUCAGAUACCAUUUGGCUGCAGCCACUAAAAUGGUCGAACAAAUAAUACUUGGAGAAGGAAACAUUACAACCGAUCAAAUAUUACAAAUCAUCGAUUUGAUAGUACAAGCACAACAUUAUACUAUUAGCACAUAUCGUCUAUUUCGCUGGAGCUGGGAUGAAUUGCCAGAGAUUGACAUUUUGGUAAAGACACUAGUUUCAAUGGACGGUCAAUUGAACACCAUUGAAAUGAUAUCAUUCUAUGUGAUUGGUAGGGUUAUCGAUUGGAUCAAUCAAAAUAUGGGAUCAACAAAAAGUGACUUGUCUUCAAAAGUCGAGUUGGUCAUUGAUUUCUAUGAUGAACUAAAUAUUUUUCCACUAAGCAUUACAAUGUCACCAACAGAGGAGAUAUCAUAUUCUGAAUGGAUUGAUCUAUUGAUAGUGGCACUUGAAAAGAACACGAGAUAUAGCCCAAGAGAUCUCACCAAGGAAUUAAAACAAAUAAAAAAAAAAUAA